AUGGGUGACGGUACUUACAAGGUGCUGGAAUGUCCGGAACUCGGUCGUUAUGGUGUGGCCGGACGCGAUCUGAAGGCAGGUGAUCGACUCUUCGAAGAGCUCCCGUUUGCUGUCGGUCCAAAGCUGGACAGUCCACCGCUCUGUCUGGAAUGUUGCUGUCCGGUCGAUGGUGGUGAAGGUGGUCCAAGGUGUUCGCGAUGUGGUUGGCCACUGUGCGAAGAUUGUAGUGCUCCCGACAGCGAGAUCGUUUAUCAUCGGGGCGAGUGUGAGGUGUUUGCGGCGAGUGGUGUUCGAUUCCGGCCGGUGGAAGACUCAACGGCCGGAUGUGUGCAGCUCGAUUGCAUAACGCCGCUACGGGUGCUGCUGGCGAAGGAAGCGGAUGAAGCCCGGUGGAAACGGGAGAUCGAACCGAUGGAGUACCACGAUGCGGAACGACGCGAAAGUGCCAACUGGAAGGUGGACGAAAACAAUAUUGUGUCGUUUCUGUGUGGUCAUUGUAAGCUUGGGGACAGAUUUUCGCACGAGUUGGUGCAACGUGCUAUCGGACUGUUGGAUGUGAAUGCGUUCGAGGGUCGUACCUGUAACGGGUACAGCUUGCGUGGCCUCUAUCCUCAGCUAGCGAUCAUGGCGCACAACUGCGUACCGAACGUGGUUCAUUCGAUUCAUCCGAGCGACGGUUACAGGUUGGAAGGCCGUGUGGCCGUCGACGUCCCUGAAGGUGGAAAGCUCUACACGACCUACACCUACACCCUGACCGGCACAGUCGCCCGUCAAUCGAUCCUAAAGAUGAGCAAAUUCUUCACAUGUCGCUGUACCCGCUGCCUAGAUCCGACCGAGCUAGGAACGCACUUCAGCACACUCCUCUGCAACAAAUGCCACGGAGGAUUCAUUACCUCUACCAAUCCACUCGAUGAUAACGCAGAAUGGAAUUGUGCUCAAUGUAGCUUCAAAACAUCCGGUGCCGCCGUCCAGAAAGCCGUCAUGACCAUACACAACGAAAUAGACGAGCUAGCCUGUCUUGAGUACGAAGCCAGCCGGCUCGAAGCGUACGAAGCCGUCUACAAGAAGUACCGCAGUGUGCUACAUCCGCUGCACUUCAUCAACACCUCCAUCCGCCACAGUUUGAUCGAGCUGUACGGGCGCAUUCCCGGGUACGAGAUAGCCGAACUGCCGGACGUACUGCUCGAGCGUAAGGUUGAGCUCUGUCGCAGCAUUCUCCGCGUGUUGGAUGUGUUUGAGCCGGGAAAAUCGAGGGCCCGGGCAAUGAUACUGUACGAACUGCAUGCACCGCUCAUCAUGCUCGCCCAGUCCGCCUUCUCACGGGGCGAGGACAAUCGGGAUGGAAAAUCGUUAAAACAACAGCUCACCGAGGCGGCCCACAUACUGGAGGAAUGUGGCGAAAUACUCGAGUGGGAGGAUCCAAUGACACCCGAGGGUAUACUGGCGAACGUGACCAAACAAUCGCUCGCACAGCUAAGGCAGAGCAUCGAAACACUCGACUAA